GGUUGAGUUCCAGGUUGCUACCACGCUUACUGUAAGCAGCCGGCAGUUAGUUAACCGGUUGCGUGGCGCGUGGUGUGAAAAACCAUGGAUUUACCUGAUAUCGAAAAUAUACCGGAAACUGGCGCUGUAUUUACAAUUGGUCGCAGUAGAUUUGCGGAUAAUAUAGCUUCACAUUUUUUUAUUAGAAAAGAUCCUGUGAUCUCUGUGACUUGUGGUGAUGAACAUUCGGCUGUAAUUUGUCAAAGUGGACGACUGUUCGUUUUUGGCAGCAAUGAUUGGGGUCAACUUGGACUUGGACACAAGAAUCACGUGAGCAAACCAUCAUGCGUUAAAAUUCUGAAGCCGGAGAAAGUGACACAUGUCGCAUGUGGAAGAGCUCAUACUUUGAUAUGCACCGCUGGACAAAAAAUAUUUGCUUGCGGCAGCGAUCAGGAAGGACAGUUGGGAAGAGGAAGUAAUGCAGUGGGCGAUAGUUCCAGUUCGCCAGUAAUGGUUCACGAUUGUGGAAUUGUUGGACCGAAAAUUGUACAAUUAUCGGCUGGUUCUCAUCAUUCGAUGGUUCUCACAGCCGAUGGAGUGGUUCACGUUUGGGGAAGUAAUUUGGAAGGACAACUUGGUCUUCCAGGCACAACUGGUCUUGUUAAUAAACCCACGAAAGUUCAAUUGACAGAAAAAAUUAAGCAAAUUAGUGCUGGAUAUUAUCAUUCGGCAUUUCUCACUGAAAGUGGUCUCGUUUACAUUUGCGGCGAAUCAGAAAGUGGAAAAUUGGGAAUCGAUGUAAAAUUUUCAACUCAAGCUGCACCUAAACAAAUACAACUUCCAAAAUUAGCGACUAAAAUUGCUUGUGGAGGUCAUCAUACUCUUAUUCUAACUGAGGAUGGUGCGAUUUAUUGCAUGGGGAGUAAUUCAAGUGGUCAACUUGGAUUGGGCACAAAUGUGACCGAAGUACAAACACCAAAUAUUCUUCCACUGGAUAUUUUAGAAAGUGAAACGAUAUCGAAAAUAUCCUGCGGCGAGAGUCAUAGUUCAAUUUUGACUGAGAAUGGAAAAAUUUUCACGUGUGGUGAUGGAAGGCAUGGAAAAUUGGGAUUAGAAGAAAACGAAAAUAAUGUUCACGAACUUACUUUUGCUGCCAGAUAUCAAGAUCUUUUUGUUACAAAUGUUUCGUGCGGCGGCUGUCAUACAAUUUUAAUUGGUCGAAGAAGGAAUUUAGGGAAUCGAGAAACUGUUAAUAAUCAAAUGGAUCUCUCGGGGCAAAAGAAAAAUCCCCUGCCACCUUUGAAAAUACCAAUUAGCAGGCUUCAAGCAGGAAAUAAUACGGAACAAGUGGAAAAUGAGAGCACGCAAAAAAUCGAUACAAACUCUGAUAAAAUAAAAGAUGAAGCGAUAAAUGACACGGAAACGAGUGAAUGCGCAGAAAAUAAAAGUAGUUUAGUUAACAACGCGACUAUGAACGUAAACGAACAUGUUGAUAAUUCCAAUGAGAAGGAAGAAAUGAAUUUGGAAAAUAUGUCCAAUAAUAAUGAGAAUAACGAUAUACAGGAGAAGGCCGAUAUUGAAAAUAGCGAGAAAGAGAAUAUUGAAACGGCAAAAUCUUCAAUUUCAAACAGCUCUGAACCAAUAAUAAUUAAUGAGAGUGAAAAAAUUGAAGAAAUCGCAAUAAUGGCCGAGGAUAGAAUUGAAAAACCAAUUUCACCACCAUUAAUGGAACCACCGCCAAAGCCGCCACGACAAAAAUCCGGUACCGAGAGUAAUUCAUCGACAGUACCAUCGACACCGGUGAAAAAUAAUAAUGAUUCGCAGAAUGAUAUAAAAAAUAAUGAUUCAGAAUUAAUUUCGGAAAUUGAGGAGAAAAUGGUUAAUGAAUUGAGGGAGGAUAAUUCUUCGAUUGGAUCAAUUGACACGCAAAAAACUCGAUCUGCAACUUCAAAACGAGGAGGUGAUGAUGAUGAUGAUGAAUUGAAUGGAAUGAAAAACAGUGGGGAGAGUCUUGAAAAAAUUAAUAAAGAUAUUGAGGAUGAGGAGAAAAUUGAAGAUCAGGAUAUUAUUGAUGAUGCGGAUGACGUUCAGUCGCCAGUAACAAAAACAGGUAAAAUGUCGAGACUAUUUAAAAGCAAGAGAACACAGGAAGCGGUGAAUGGAAAUAAAGAGAGCACUGCGCCAAACUUGAAGUCGAAGUCCAGAACGUGUAAUAUUUUGUAAAAAAUCUUCGAGAAGAGUUUUUUCUACAGAAGAUAAAAAGAAGAGAUAAAAAGUAGAAGUAGAAGAAGGAGAAUGAGAAGAAGAAGAAAAGCAUAGUGCCUUGAGGAAAAAUCCGUCCAAGAAAAAAUUGGAGCACAAAAUUUUUUUUGGAAACUUAUUAAUAACCAUAAUUAAUAACAAAUGGUCCAAAAAAUAGUGAUAUUUACAAGCCUUCGUAAAUAUAUAUUUACUAUUCUAGUUCGUAAAUAAUUUUAAUUAAUAAUGAAACUUAUGAAAUUAUUAUAAUAUAGAUUUUUUUAAGAAAAAAUAACUUAUUUUCUA